AGAAAAAAAUAAUAUAUGAAACAUGUUAAAACUUUAUUGUUAUUAAUUCAGAAUAAUGUUUUGCGUAUUAUUAUCGAGAGAUAACAACCCUGUUCGUAUUUGACGUGUCUGCAAUUGUUGUAAACCCAAAAAACGAGGUGUGAUGUGAUUAAUUAAGACUGCAAGUCUUUAAAAAAUAUUUAGUUGAAAAUUAAAGUUAUAGUAAAAAAAUUUGUUUUUAAAUAAUAUGGCUUAAAUUGUGUAAAGUGAAUUAAAAAAUAAUAACAAAAACGUCUAAAAAUGUUUGUUUCUCAGUAAUAUAAUCAACACCUGGCCACAAGCAAUUGCAUACUGCAGGCUGAUGCAAGAAUAAAUCGCAAAUAUGAAUACAGAAUUAAUUUUAUUUGUUAAAAUAUUUUAAACAGUUUAUAUAUUUACGAAUUUGGUUUAUAAUACAUAAAAAUUAAAAAAAAAAAUGAAUACAAGUGUUAAAAGGGAUAGUGUUUCGGACGCUAAAGAACAAGCAGCAGAUACUGCGGCUACGGCUACGGCGGAGGCUUCCGGAGCUGUACAAGAUGAAACGAAAGUAGUUAGAACCUACAAAGUGAUUGAUUUUACUAAGUUGAAAAAAGCUGGCUUGGAUCGAGAAAUUGUGGAAGCUGUAAAAAAAUAUGAGGUUCAAAACCCAAGAAAAGAUAAUGUUAACAGAGAUUCUGUAGCCAGUUCUUCGAAAUUGGCCAAACUAAAAAAAGAAACUUCUAAACGUAAAUAUACAAAGAUUGUGCCUCCUAAAAUUACGAUAACAAGACCUAUGGAGUCAUAUACAGAAGAGGAAAGUCUUAAAUGCUUAAAUUCACCAAAUAAAACAGAACGCUUAGCUCAUGUUAAGUAUUUAUUAAAUAAAAAAAUAUUGAAUAAAACAGUGAAUACUCAGCCAACAACAGUUAUCAUAGAGCCAAAAAAUGCUGUUACCAAUAUAAAACCAGCAAACUUCAUGGUGCCUGAAAAGCAAAAAAUUACACUGAAACCGCCAAUCGCUACAUAUGGGAAAAGUGCACCUAUAGUCAAAACACCAGAUGAUGUCUCGAGGUUAUUACAUUUUGAUACAAGCAACAGGUGUAGUGGGACUUCUACAGAAACUUCAGCAGCACCCGUACACAAAAUACUUAAUUUUUCUAAUAAGAUGUCAACUCAUCAUAACCCCGGUUCGAAGAAACGUGUGGAAUAUAAACCAGCAACGUUUAAAGAGAGCUUUCAAAAUUUUGUUAAACAGCAGAAUAAACGUAAUCUAAACUACAACAAUCAAGCGUAUAUACCUCAAGCGCAUCCAAACACCGAAAAUAUUAAGCAAAUUAAUCGCAUAGUAGCUGUUACACCAGUUAUUUGUAAAUCUGAAAGCCAUGCUUUAGCUGGACAAAUAUCCUUUCCGGAGGUUUCGCCCUUAAAAUCGCCAUUCCCAACUACUAGUUUAACGUGUGAUACACCACUGCCAACGAUAUCUACUUUUAAAACAUGUUUUCCUUUAAAUUCACAAACUGAGAUAUUUGGCCAAUUUCAACAGUCUACAACAUUCUCAAAUUUUGCUACCACAUCGAAUUCUAGUACAUUGGAAUCUGAUAAUAAUCUCAUUGUAUUGGAGGAUAAAGUGCUUACACAAGAAGAAAAAAUUGACAUUGCUGCAUUGGGUCUGUCAAAGCAAAAUAUUGAAGUUCCACGAAUCGAAUUUAAACAACCUGCUUUGCCUGUAAAACCAAGAAACGUUGAAUUUUCAAAUGAAAUAAUACUUUCCGAAAGCACUUCUCGUGAUGGGAAGAGUAAAUCCAUUUUGCAAAUUCAAGAUAUCGAAUUUUUGCCAAUACAAGAUACGCAAAUUAUCAAAAUCAUUGAUCGAAAUUUGGUUGAUGAUAAAGUCCUGACACCGAAUUUUGCAAAUAAAUCGGAAGAAUUUUUCGAAACCAAAGAACUUGAUACGUGCGAAGGUAAAAAGGAUGAAGAAAGUCAGGUGUAUAAAAACGUCAAAUAUGAUGAAAAAUCCAUUCCAGGGAAUGAGUUACUUCCUUUAAAUACGGAUUCUAUAAAUAAUAUUAUAAUAUUAGAUUCUGUAAAAAUAAACAAUAUAGUUUGUCCCGAAAUUUUAGAACAAGAAAAUCGAAUUAAUAUUGAAAAUACGAUAGACUAUUUUGAUGAAAAAUCAACGUUAACGAUUCUUUCUUGCCAAGAAAACAGUACAGAUUCUUAUAAAUCUAAAGGAAAACCAUCGAUAGAAUUUGCUUCAAGUAAAGAAAAUGAAGUUGAAAGUGCUAUUGCCAGCCCGAAUCAGAUUGAAAGCGAACUUUCAAUUUAUUUAAAAGACGACAGUACUUCUCAAAUUGAAAACAACAAUAAAUCACCACUAAAUCACGAUUCAAGUUCCAAUCCAAGUAAAACAAAUGCGUGCGAUAAAAUGAGUUCGAAAGCUAACAGUGAUGACAAAUCAGAGUUAUUUAGAGAUGACAAAACGUCUAUGGAACACAAGAAUGUAGAAUUACAACGAAAUUUAAUGUCAAGACAAAGUAACUUAAAUAAAAACGAAGAAUUGAAUAUAAAUAUAAAUAGUGAUUCUGAAUUAGAAUUUUUGGAAGAUACCACUUCCAAUGAAAAAAACAAGAAUACGUCAGCGUUUAAUCGGGACUCAUGCUCCAGAAAUUCAGAUGAAAGUGAAAAUUUGGAUAUAAGCAUAAAUAGCGAUGAUGAAUUAACAGGAGUAGAUUUCAUUAAUUCUUUAACAUCAGUAGCUGUUGGUAUUACAGCAGCAGAAAUGAAACUGGCCGCUUCGUUUGUAAUGGAUGACGCAGAUACAGAUAUACUACUUUCACCAAAGACAGAUAAUGUAGAGUCGAGUAUGUCGUUACAUGAGACAAGUGAUGAAAAUGCUGUGAUAACUAAAGAUGUCAAUGAAGAGUCAUACGAAAACAUGAAGCCAAUUGGAGAAAAAUAUGAAAAAUUUUUAAAAGAUGAUGUCAAGAGAUGUGUCACGCAAGAAGAAAUUUCAGAAAGUGUGAAAGAAUUGCAUGUAGUGAAUGUAACGGAAUCAGAGAAAGUUAGUGAAAAAAUCACUACAACUACAGAAGUUAUACUUCAGAAUAAAUAUUUAAUAGAUUUAAAUUCUAACAAUGCUGAUACAUCGUCCGAUGUCAGAAGUUUUGUGCCGGUAAAAAUAUCAAAUAAGUCGGAAUCGGUUAAAACAGGUUAUGAAAUACUCAAAGAGGGGGAUGUUGAGAUUGAAAAGGACUAUAUAGAUAAUGUAUCAUCUCAAAUUAUAGAAAGUAUAUAUCAUGGUAGAGAUCUGAAAGUUUCAAAUUUACGCGAUUCCUUAUCAAACGACAUUCUAACUACAGAAGUUACAAAUGAGCAUAUCAUUAUCGUAGAUAAAUCGAUUGAAGCAGAUAACUUACUUUCUAAAGAUGAUGAUGUUGACGUCAGUGAAUAUAAAGCUGAUGCAUGCAUUUAUCUUACUUCGGAAAUUAUGUUUCAGUGUGAAGACAAUAAAAAUGUCAACCCAGAAAAUGCCUUAGAAACCAGAAAAAGUUCAGAAAAAGUUUCAAAUGCAUUUGAGUCUAUUGCAGAUGUAAGUCAAUCAAAUACAGCAGGCUCCAAUCUGCUUAAGAAUGAUGAUAAGAGUACAAACGAAGAUAUAACCCAUAUUGUUCCAUCAAUUAAAAAUAAAAGUUCAGACUGUGGUUUAGAAAAUUUUACAAUUUCCGAGAAAAUUUCAAAUGAAUUUGCCUUUAGUACUGUUGUAGGUGAGACUGUUGAAAAAGUCGUUAGUCCACUCGAAAAGGUUGGUAACGAUUACAAAUGUAUAGACCAAGCGUACUUAAACGAAGAAAUACGUAGAAACCAUAUGCAACCGAGUAUAAGUAAUUUGCAGGAAAGUAAUAAUAAAAAUGUCUUAAAUAAAAUUGAUAGUGAUUCGAAAAAUAAUAUUACAGAGAUUACUGAUAUAGAAUUACCCAAUAAAGAAAGUAAUGACAAUUUUGAAAAAAUAGAUGAGAAAGCUUUAAUCGAAACAACAACAACAAAAAACAGUUCUACAGAAACUUCCGUUUCGAAACGUCCUUCAAGAUUAAAAAAAGGCAAAAUUAAUUUAGUGCAACGUAAGAAGGUAAGCACACAACCAAAACUAGUUCCAACAAAGUUGGCGAUAGAACGAGCCCCCCCCGGUACAGAGAUUAUAUCAACAGAUGUUCUCAAUAAAUUUGAUGUGUUAUCCUCUAAUGCAGAUAUUGAUGUUAAAGAAAUUAUAGAUACAUCUAUUCAUGAACUCAAAGAAAACUCCUCACAAAUUGAAAUUCAUGUAGAGAUUGAACGAAGCACCUCAGAUGAAGAGAUUAUAUCAGCUGAUGUUCUUAACAAAUUAGAUGUGCAAUCGACUGAUGUGGAUAAUGAUUUUAAAGAAAUUAAAGAUGCUCCACAGAAAAAUAUUUAUGGAUUCAAAGAAAACUUCUUACAAAAUGAAACUCAUGCAGAGAUUGAACGCAGCACCUCAGAUGAAGAGAUUAUAUCAGCAGAUGUUCCUAACAAAUUAGAUGUGAUAUCGACUGAUGUGGAUAAUGAUUUUAAAGAAAUUAAAGAUGCUCCGCAGAAAAAUAUUUAUGCAUUCAAAGAAAACUCUUUACAAAAUGAACUUCAUGCAGGGAUUGAACGAAGUACCUCAGAUGAAGAGAUUAUAACAGCAGAUGUUCCUAACAAAUUAGAUGUGCUAUCGACUGAUCUGGAUAAUGAUUUUAAAGAAAUUAAAGAUGCUCCACAGAAAAAUAUUUAUGGAUUCAAAGAAAACUCCUUACAAAAUGAACUUCAUGCAUCAGGUAGAAAAUCAUCAGCCGAAAAGAAAUCUUUAAUUCUAAAUGCGAUUAAAGAUCCUCCAAAACAAAUAUUAGCCGCAGCGCAAAAUCCAUUUAAGUGUAUUGAUAAGAAGAAACCUGGUAUAUGUAGUCUGUUGAAAAAUUUGGAAAAUACUGAAACUUCAAAUUCUAAUAUAAAUUUUAAAAGUAAUAUUAGUUUAAAUGAGUCCGAAGUAAAUACAACAGAAAAAGAAACAGUUCAAAAGGCGCAAGUAGAAUUAAGUACCACAGCCCAUUUAGAAACUUUAGAUCAAGGCAAAGAUAAUGGAAAAGUCUUUUCCUUUGUAAGUGAGAUUGUAUCUGAAAAACCAUCAAAUGAAUCUGCGCAUAUUAUCAAUGAACUAAUUACAGAAAAUAAACCAAUUCUAUUGAAUGAACAUAAAAAUAAGAAAGAAAUGUACAGUAAUUGCGAUUUGAACAAUGCACAUGUAGGAUUUGAAUAUCAAAAUAUGGUAAAAGAACAUUUAAAAAAGGACUGUAACACAUCAAAUCAAACAAAAGAUGUUCAUUUGAAAAUAGAGAAAGAUAAUAUUUCAACUAACUUGAUACGAGGUCUUCAUAAAACAAUUGAAUGUGAAAGCAUAGCAUUAUCGGAAAAAAAUUUAAUGCAAGAUCAAAUGGAAAGUAAAGAGCGGCAUAUUGAUUUUAAAAAUUUAAAAAGUGAAGCGUUAGAAAAUAAUGAAUCUUCCAAACAAAACUUUAAGAGAAGUUACUUUGAAAGUUUCAGUGUUAAUGUAGAUGAAGUGCACAAUUCCUCGGAUGAUUUAUCUUUGAAAAAAUUUGAAAAGAAAUCUCGAAUUGAUAGAACCUAUGUAAGUAGCGACGAUAAUUCCCUUAAUGAUGAAACUGCAUUUGAGUAUACCUCACAGAGGCAAUUUUUAAUAAGAAAUCGUAAACGAUUACGCAAAACUGCUGAGCAAUUAAGUAAACAUAUUACUUCAGUUGUAUCUGAAUCCGAUGAUGACAAAGAGUCACGUGAUGAUGAUGAUUUUUUAGGGUUCGAAGAAUUAUCUGUAUACUCUGAAAGUGUAAAUAAACGAUCAGAUAUUAUAAAUAAUUCAUUAUAUGAUAAUUUAGUUUUAAAAGACCUAAAAAAGGUCUGCACUUCUAAAAAAGUGCAAACACCACAGAAGGCAAAUAUGAACUUAGUUCCGAAAAGCAAUAUAUCGAUACAUAAGAAAAUGAAAAAGCGUUGGGAAUUACAACAGCAACCGUCAUCGGAAACUGACAUUACUGAUGACACAUCACCUGCUGAUGAUGAAUGCGAUGACAAUCUAAAUAUUAAAACUAAACAUCAAACUCAAAAUAUUAUUACUAAUCAUUUUCAAACUGAUCCGAUAUUAAAUUUGGACUCAGUUGUAAAAGGGACCCCAGUGACAAAUUUAGUAAUCCAGGAGUUAUUAGAUUCAAACCAUCAAAAACAAAAUUUUGAAAGUACCAAUCCGUUCUGCCAAUCAUUAAAUUUGAAGUUAAAUAAUUUAAAAGAUGUAGAUAUGGACUUUGAAAAUUUUGAGUUAUGUAAAAGCGAAGAAAAUAAAAAAAGCGGUGCAGAACUUAACGGAAUUCCAGUAAUAUCUGAUGCUAAGGUCAUAGAAUGUGUAAACAAUUUGAAUGAAUCUGAUUAUGCACAAAACAAUACAGGAAACAAUAAAGUUGUCUCAUGUAAUGAAAAUUCUGAAUCUCAUAUUGAGGAUUGUACUAAAAAUUCAAUUCUCAAAGAUAAUAUCUAUUCCGAACUUAUGAUAAAAGAUGAUGGUGAAAUAAAGAAGAAACGUGGUAGAAAAAGAAAAUAUAUUGAAACAUCUGAUAGAAUUUGUAUUGUAGAUGUUUCUAAAAAUUCAUUACAGAAACAAACAAUGGACACAGUAAAAAAUGAUCACAAACCUACCACAGAAAAAAUGAUUCCUAUCCCAACAAGUGAAAGUGUAGACACGUCCGCGUCCUAUUCUGUUUUUAAAUCAGUCGCAGAGAUUGUGAGCGAUCAGCCGAAAUUAGUUCCUACUUCCAUUGAAAAAUCAAUUUCAGAUAAAUGUCUUGAUUCAAAAUCUGUUAGUAUGGGCGAAACUACUAGCAGUACAAAUACUACAACGGAAAUUCAAUUGUUGAAUGUCGAUAAUAACAAAACGCUACCUUUUAUAGGUGCACAUCCCGACACAUUAAAAGAAGAUGAUCGAAAGGAGUCUGAAAUUAGUGAUAAAAGUGUGAGAAUGAAUUCAUCUCAAACCAUUUGCACUACAAACACCGUUACAAAGAAAAAAUGUGGACGACCUAAAUUAAAUUCUACAAAAAAGGAUAUCACACCAAAAAAAAUUACUGAUGCAAGUAAUCUCCAUUCAAACAAAAUUGUGAUUAUCUCUGAGGAUAAGGAUAGUGUAUCAAAUUCAGAGAUUGAUAUUAGUGAUAAGUCGAAAAUUGACAUUACUUCAAUUGAAAAUUUACAAAACCCGCUUCAUACAACAUUUGCUAUUGCUGGUGAAAGUAACAACGAUGAAAAUAUUACGGAUAUGUCAAAGUUAGAUCAUUCUUUUAAAAAGGAGAAUGAAACCAGCUUAAUAAGUUCUGUGAUGAAUUUGUCGCGAAGCAAGUGUGAUUUAAAUGUUGCUACAAAGAAAAAACGUGGACGACCUAAGCUUACUUCUAUCCAAGAUGAAACCACACCAACAGAUAAUUACAUUCCAAAUAAUAAUUUAGGCAUUAAAGAACAGAAAAAACGUGGCCGUCGUUCAAAAGUUUUAGCUGAUGAGGACCCUUCGUGCAAUAGCGUGAGAACAAAUAAUGAAGACAACGAGACUUCAAUAGAAGUUGCACAUCAGAGUCAGCUUUUUAAUCCGAGUCCAACAAGCAGUUACAUUCCAAAUGAAAGUCCAAUAGUUGAACAGAAGAAAAAACGGGGUCGCCCAUCCAAAGUAUUUCUUAGAAAUGAUGCACUUAAAAAUGAAGGUGAUAUCUCAGCAGAAUUUGAAACUCAGGGAGAGCCCUUUAAUCCAAGACUGUUGCUUAUACGCCAUCGCGAUGAAUUAGAGUCCGAAAAAGUACUUACGGAACCGGAGGACCCGAAUACAGUUGCAACAACUCAAUGUGGGCUUUGCUUAGGAAAUACAACCAAAAAGAAUUGGGUAAAGCAUUUGUGUGAACAUUACGGUGUUGGUUGGAUUCAAGGAGAAAAUAGAAUUAAUGUUAGAUCGCGUUCAAUCGUGAUGUCAACAAUGAUAAAUUUUUACAAAAAGGAAUCAAUACAGGCUCUAAAGUGUCGGAUGUGCUCCCGGGCAUAUCGGUCGGCUCUGGGCUUAUUAAUGCAUAUUGAAGUUUGUGGUUUAAAUUCAGUACGUGUUUCCUGCGAAUUCUGCAAUAAAGAAUGCACCAAAUUUACGUUAAUAGUACAUUUACGCUCGUGUUCGCGUCGAUUUGGAGAGAGAAGUCCAAGUAAAGAAAAAGAGAAAGAGAAGGAAAUAGAAAAAGAAGAGGUUUUUAAUAAUGUCGGUCGGGUUAAGAGAACAUCACUUAUGAAAGCUGAAAAGAAAUUGAAAGCUAUUGGUGAGGAGUUUAAAAACUCAGCGCUCGAAAUGGAUGAAAAUAAUUUUAAAAAUUACUUUAAAUAUGAACUCUCAUUGAAAGAGCAUGAAGAAAUUUUGGCAAACGCGUUUAAUAAACUUGAUGUAGUUAAAUGCCCAGCAAAAACAUGCCAUUCAAUAUUAGAAAGAGAGCAAAUCAAGGAACAUUUAAGCGUAUGUCAGCUUUUGUCAAAAUCAGGAUACCAUUGCUUAAUGUGCACCAAUGUGUUAUUGGCCACUAAGGAAGAAGCUAUUAAACAUCUCAUAUCGCUUCAUAAAAACGACUUAAAGUUAGAUUUCGAAGAUGAUGGGUCGAACUGCAGCGUAAAAAGUGGAGAAGAACCCAGUGAUGAUGAUGACUGUUCGUCAGGUGUUAACUCUGAUGAAAGUAAUGAUGAAGAGGGUUCAGCUAAAAGUAUUACUCUUAGUGUGCGAAGAUUUCAGUCUAAGGAAAGAAAAACUCCUAGAAUAAUUUUGAAUAAAAGAGUAUAUCCACAACGUUGUUCUGAUCCCACAGAGUUGGUGAAACGCAAAUGGAAGCAGUUUACUUCCAAAAAUUUUAAUAAAUCCCCUCUCUACAUUAAUGCGUCACCCUCGUAUUCGAUAAGCUCAGAAACGAAUAUAAGAAAUCGUUUAUUGUCCUCAGAAACUUCAAUGAAAUUUGCUGUUUCUGAUAAACAUACGUUUACGAGUGCGCUUGGAACUAUGGAGCACGAUGAAUGGAUGGAACUUAAACGAUUUGAAUCAACAAACUUUCAUAACGAGCAUUUAAUAUAUAUUGGUGGCCCUAUCAAAAUGAUUGCUUGGGUACCACUUCCGAAACAAGUUCAAGAGCAAUAUUUCGCUGUAAUAUACCGAAAGAGUAUGGAGAAAUUUAGCCGUUAUCAAAACACAAAAGUAAAUCCUACGUUUAUUUUGAUAUACCAAAUGAAGCAAAACGCGACAAUAAUUGAAGCUAAAUUACAUUAUGCCAUUAAUGUGUCCGAAGGUCCAGUGCAUUGUUUAUCAUUUUUACCAAGUGGCGGUUAUGAUGAAACAACUAACCGAUUGGGGUUAUUGGCUGUUGGUAGUGUAAAAAAUGAAAUUAACAUAUAUUCGCUACCAUUGAAGUUAACUGCUGAUCCGGAUUCAGAGUUCAAAAUAAUUGAUCUAAAACCUUAUUUUGUUUUAUGCGAUAAUCAUCCUGAUAACGAAUCAAGUAAUGAAGACUUAAUAAAAACACAAUGUUUACAAAUUUGUUGGUCGAAGGCGAUCGGGCAUAACCACAUAUUUGCUAGUUUUCACAAUGGUUGUAUCGGCAUAUGGGAUAUUAAUACCGAUGAAAAUGUAAACAUAAACAGCUUUCAGAAAAAUGGUCUCAAUAUGUUCGUACCCUUAAACUAUUUCUUUGUUGGAGAAACAAUUGUUAAUGCUUUAGAUGUGCAUUAUGAUACAAAUGGUCCCCGUUGGCUUGCCGCCGCAUGUGCUCGAAGGAAACUCAUUGUAUUUGAUAUACGAGACUUGACUCAACCAAUUAUUCUUAAGGAAGAAAACUUGAAAAAUCUUAUUCGUAGUUUAGAUUGGCCAAUUGUGUGGGAAACAGUGAAUGUUGGACUCUGUGAUACAUUACCAGGCUAUGGUUGUACAGCAGUAGCAGUAAGUCCUAUAAACAUUUGUUACAGCAAUUGCAGAAUUGAUAGCAUGCUUUGUGGAAUCGGUCAAAUACAUUAUAAUCCAAACAUUAAUAUACAGGUCUGUGGAUCAGACAAUGGUGAUAUAGUGUUUUUGAAUGUACGGGAGCUACACUUGGAUGAUAUACUACUAAAAACUUUACAAAAUUCAAGAGCAGUUGCUGCAAUGGAUCUAAAAUGUUUGAAUAAUACUAUAAUACCAAAAUGUAUAAAUACUGAAUGGCAAUUGCAUGAAAAAGAUUAUAAAAAUCGUUAUGGCGUUGUGUUCGGACCUAUAUUAAAGUAUAAACCGGAAAAUAAAACCAGUUAUUUAAAUAAAGAACGUAUACCUAAGCUUAAUUUGUUACGUUAUACACAAAUAAAUUCAAUCAGAUGGAAUAUUAAUCCUAACUGCAGUAAAUUUCUUGCUGUUGGGUAUGAAAACGGUUUCCUUAGGUUAAUUAAUUUUAAUAAAAAAGCAUAUUUUCAUCAAUAACACAU